AUGAAGGUCCUCUUUCUUUUUGCUGUUCUCUUCUAUCUGGUCCAAGUUAACUCAGGGGAUAUUCCACCUGGAAUUAGAGAUGUUAUCUGCCUUACACAACACGGAACCUGCAGGCUUUUUUUCUGCCAUUUUGGUGAGAAAAAGGCCGAGAUCUGCUCCAAUCCCUGGAACAGGUGCUGUGUACCAAGUACAGAGGCAGAAAUAAGUAAUAAACCGGAGAUGGUUGGCAAAAAAAGAGAGCCCUGAGACCUCAUGUGUCGGCUUCUGGAAGGCAGGAGGGCUCUUGAAGUAUCUCAAGGGCUCAGAAGAACAUGUGGCUUAUCGAAGGUGCUCAAUAAAAGUUUGUUGAAUGAA